AUGUCUACUGCAGGAAUCUUCAACGUUCAAGAAACUCAGGGUGCCGAGAAAGUAAAGCUGGAAACCACCGCAGCUGCAGCACAGGUAGAAGCAAAAACAUCGGAAGCUGCCCGCACAAUUGAAAAUAAUGCCGAUCAAGCUCAGUACGCUGCAGGACAAGCUGCCGCAGCCGCCAAGUCGCUCGGGAACGACUUUACUGGUGAACCAACUUCCGCGAUGGAUCAAUUGCAGUAUACAGCAAAGCAAACGACUGAUGCCGCAGUGAAUGAAGGUCACAGGGAUGUUGAGGCAGCGAAAGCUACCGGAGAGGGUUAUGUGAAUCAGGUUAAGAACAUGGCCGCCAACGCGGCCGCUUCGGUCAAUGCGACAGUUCAGCCCUACAUCGCUGGUUUUACUGGGGCCACCGACUCAACCUCAGACAGAUCGGCCCCCAAUGGGGCCAACCAGUCUGGCGUUAUAUCUCAGCUGCAGUCUGGUGCAGCGGUAGCAGUGCAGACCGGAAGGGAGUAUGUCGCUGCCGCAAAACCUCACAUAGACAAGGCUACCACCGCUGCUCAGAAUUACUUGCACAGCAUUCAAGAUCAGGGGUCUGCAACAACUGGCGCACCUCCGGGACAAGUGCCCGCUACAACAGCUCCUCUUGAGAGUGGACCACAUACCGUAGGGUCGCCUUAUGGUGCCACGAAAGAUUCGACAGUGGGAGAUGUCAGCAAAACAGUCUAG